AUGCUAACUUCCCUUCCUAGGCUCCUUCCUAGGUCUACGUUGCUUCGUGCAGCGCCCGUGGCUGUCCGGGCGGUUCCGCUAGCUCGCAUGUGGACAGCUCGGCGUUCGCCGGUGUUUGUCAGAGCUGCUUCGACCUUCUCGAUCAACUUGCUUCUGAGAAUCGAAAAGACGGCGAAUGCCAGCCCUGGCAACCCGGAGAUCCAGAAGUUGUUUUACCAGCGUCUUAUGGAGAAUAACUACCCGCAGAUUGUCGUGCAGAGGUACGAGACAGAGGGCAUCGCUGCCAACCCGGAAUGUACCCAGAUGUAUAUCCAAGCGCUUCAGCAGAUGGGUAAUACAGCCAAGGCCGAACAGGUGGCGGCUGCUUUGGGCUCGGGCGCUCAUACUGGGCCCAACAUGGGCUUUUCUUCUGGGUUUGGGUCUCGUAAUGAGCCCGUGCACGUUGUGGUGUCUGAAUCCAACUUUACCAUCUUGUCCAAGUGGCUCAAAUGGCUUAUUCCGAUUGCCUUGCUUACUUAUGGUGCGCUGAACGCGUUUAACUUUUUGGUGGAAAACGGAACUAUUUUCCGUUCCCUGGAGGUUACUGACAAGUCUGUGGAUGUGUCUCGUUCCAACGUGAGGUUCAAGGACGUCUGUGGCUGUGACGAGGCCCGUGCUGAGCUCGAGGAGAUUGUCGAGUUCUUGAGAGAUCCUUCUAAGUUUACUGCUUUGGGCGGUAAGUUGCCUAAAGGUGUGCUUUUGACCGGUCCUCCAGGUACGGGUAAGACGCUUCUUGCUCGUGCUACUGCUGGUGAGGCUGAAGUUCCAUUCUUUUUCAUGUCAGGUUCUGAGUUUGACGAGUUGUACGUUGGUGUGGGUGCCAAGAGAAUCAGAGAAUUGUUCAACCAGGCUAGAGAAAAGGCCCCUGCCAUUGUGUUCAUUGAUGAGUUGGAUGCCAUUGGAGGAAAGCGUAACCCUAAGGACCAGGCUUAUGCCAAGCAGACCUUGAACCAGCUUCUUGUGGAGUUGGACGGUUUCUCCCAGAGCGAAGGCAUUAUCAUCAUUGGUGCUACUAACUUCCCUCAAUCUUUGGAUAAGGCUUUGACAAGACCUGGUCGUUUCGACAAGGAGGUUGUGGUUGAAUUGCCUGAUGUUCGUGGCCGUGUCGAUAUCUUGAAGCACCACAUGGAGAAUGUUGAGACUGCUGACAAUGUGGAUCCUUCCAUUAUUGCCAGAGGUACUCCUGGUUUCUCUGGUGCUGAAUUGAUGAACUUGGUUAACCAGGCUGCUGUUCACGCUUCUCAGCUUUCUGCUCUCGCUGUUGACAUGGGCCAUUUCGAAUGGGCUAAGGAUAAGAUUUUGAUGGGUGCUGCUAAGAAGAAGAUGGUCAUCACUGAAGAAUCCAGAAGAAAUACUGCUUACCACGAGGCUGGCCAUGCUAUCAUGGCCAUGUUCUCCCCAUCCGCUACUCCUUUGUACAAGGCUACUAUCUUGCCUAGAGGAAGAGCUCUUGGUGUGACUUUCCAGCUUCCUGAAAUGGACAAGACUGACAUGACUAAGAGAGAAUGUUUCUCUAGACUUGAUGUCUGUAUGGGAGGUAAGAUCGCCGAGGAGAUGAUCCACGGUCCUGACAACGUUACUAGUGGUUGUUCUUCUGAUUUGGCUAGUGCUACAAAUAUGGCCAGAGCUAUGGUGACAUCGUUUGGUAUGAGUGAUAAGAUUGGUCCUGUCAAGUUGAGUGAUGACUGGGAUUCCUGGUCGCCUAAGCUUAGAGAUAUGGCAGACAAUGAGGUGAGAACUUUCCUCGUUGACUCAGAAGAGAGAACACGCCAGAUGCUUCAAGAAAGAAAGCUUGAACUUCAAAGACUUGCUGAAGGUUUAUUGGAGUACGAGACGCUAACUAGAGAUGAGAUGGAAAAGGUCGUCAAGGGUGAGCCUAUCAACAAGCCCAAGACAAUGACCAACACAGUCAUCAAAACUCCAGACGGCGGAAGAAAGGAAGUCAUCAAUGAGCCUGCUCCUCCAAUUCCUGCUGAAGCAUAA